UUAUUUUUGUAUAUUUAUCAAUGUGGGAAGAGAAAUUAAUUUGCAACGUUUUCUAUCAAGUCUUAUGUUUGAAAACAAGAGAUAUUCAAUUAUAUAGUUAGUAGCUUGAUAGCACAAUAAUUCCCACAAGAAGUAUAUUUUAAAAUAUUUUGUAUUGUCUUCAUUUUAAAAUCAACUCAAGUCAUCAACGAAAUAGUACUGCAAUUGUUUUUUAAAUACAUAUAUAAAUAUAAUAAACGCAAAGCCGACAAACUUAUACGGUUGAUAAAUAUUAAAAAAAAAUUAUUUGACGAUACGUUUUGAAUUAAGUUAAAUAAAAGGAGGUUGAAAUGGACAACGAACGUUGUGAUAGAAAUAAUAGUGUUGUAGAAUGUGAAAAUAUACUGAAAGUACUAAAUAUUAAUGAUAAUAAUUCAGUACAACAAGAAAAUAUUGACAUAAAUAAUAUGUCUGUGCAUAUAUCGAAAAAAAAAUUGAAAAAAGAAAGGCAACGUGCUAAAAAAUUAGAAGCUGCUAAUAAAAGUUCACGUGUAUCAAAGAAUAUAAAUAAAAAUAGCCAACAAAUAUCUUAUUCGAAAAAUAAUAUCACUGAAGAAAACAUAAAAAACGAUAUUGAUAAUACGAUAAAUGAUAUAGAUAGUCAUAAUAGUAGCAAUUCAAUUAUAGAAAAUGAUAUAGAUGAUUUAUCAUUAGAGCAAUCAGCUUUCGUUCAGUCAAUUGUUAAACAAAGAAAUAAAUUAAAAAAUAACUAUAUCGUUAAAGAUAAUAAAAACUCGUUAGAAAAUAUAUCUGAUAAUAAUAAUAUCAAUAGUUUUGAUUCAUCAGAUGAUUUACAAGGAUUUACUGUGGUUAAAAAAGACAAAAACACUAGAGAUUGGGAUAAAACCCCAGAAGGGUAUGGAAAAGAAGGGUUUAGAUUAAUUAUGAAAGGUCAAAAGGCUGAUGCUAUAUACUAUUUUUCAAAGGCUAUUCAAUUAGAUCAUUUAGAAGAUAUUCGUCAUUAUAUUAAUAGAAGUUAUUGUUAUUUAAAUGUUGGUAGUUAUCUUGAAGCUCUGAGUGAUAUCAAAUUUGUUAUUUCUCGUACAGAUGAUCCAGUAUUAAUAAGUAUUAUGAAAUGUAGGCAAGCACAAGCAUUCAUGGGACUAGAGCAUUUUAAUGAAGCCGAAAAAUGUUUUCAAGAAGCAUUAAAUGUUCUUCCAGAUUGUUUGCCUGUUAAAUUUGAACUUUAUAGGAUGAAAAUAGUUCAACUUAUUAAUAUGGGAUUUUCUGAGAGAUAUAUUUUAAAAGUAUUUAGAAAAACACCAUUGAUUAAUGUAAAGGAUGCAAUUGCUAUUUUGUAUGAAUUGAGUAAUGACUACGAUAAAAAACUUGAUGACAGUAAUAUAAGUAGUGAUAUUGAGACGGAAAUAUUUCAAUCGGAUAGUGAUGAUAAUCCAAGUAAUACAAGUAUAUUUAAAGAAGUAUUUGACUAUAAUGAUCACGAUAAUUCUUGGCAAGCACCAACUAAUAUUGAAGUAGAAUAUCAAGCAAAAACAAAAGGAGCUAAAAAUUCAAAAAAAAUUGAAUCUAAAGUUAAUGGUGGUAAAGUAAAAACCGCCGAUGUAACUGACUCAACAAAAAGUUUACAAAAAACUACUACGAUUGACGCUAAGGCUGUGUGGGUCGGAAGUUUGACUUCUAAAAUAAAAGAUAGUAUGUUGCUUAAGAAAUUUUCAGAGUUUGGCAAAGUUAACAGUGUUGCCGUUUUACCCGGUGAAAGAUAUGGUUUUAUUAAUUUUGUCGAAGCUCGUUCUGCCCAGCGAGCUGUCGAAGCCGGUUUUGUUGAAUUGUGUGGAAUGAAAUUGCCAAUUAAAAUCCGCGCAUAAAUAUAGAGAAAGUUAUUUCACUAUGACGUACAACGAUUAAAGUAAAAACAUUAAUAUUUUAUUUGAAUUAAAAAUAUUUUAUAUUAC